AUUUUUAGGCACGUGUGUUGUAUCCUAACUUAAAAUUUUAUGGAGUUAUAUGGAGAAGGUUUAUUAAGGAAUUUCAUUUGGGAAACUUUAUGCAACGUGGAGGGAAUUAUAAAAAGGUGGCGGAUCGAAUAAACAAAAUCUCUAAUUAUUAUACGCUUGGGAUGAUACCAAUAAUAUGGUUAGGCGUUAUUCUUUUCAAUUUAUCCCCAUUUUGGACCAAUGUAACGAGUGGGGCAUUCCAGAACCCACGCCCACAAAACAUAACGCUACGUUUCUCUGUAUACUACGAGUUUCCCGGUUUUAAGCCAGAAGAAAAUUUUAUACUCGUUACACUAUUAAAUUUGUAUUUUUCCUACGCCUGCACUGUUAUUGUGUGCACUCUGGAUUUACUACUCAUCCUUAUGUGUUUUCAAAUUGUCGGCCAUCAAAUGGUUUUGCAAUAUAACCUCGAUGAUUUUCCGAAACCGAAAAAAAUAAGCGUUCUACACUUAACUGGAAAAGUGAGCGUAACGGUUGAAAAAUAUUCGAUCGAUGAAAACACAUACAUACAUUGUCUGCUGAUGGAGAAUGUACUUCAUCACCGAUAUAUCCUUUGGUAAGCGUGUUACUCAUUUAAAAUUAAACUAAUAUACUAAAUAAACUAUUAGCAACCAGGAAUGUUUAUGUCAAAUUUAUGGUAUAAAUGCAUCAAAACGUACCAAUACUAAAUAAAACUUAUUAAACGUGAAUUAAUAAGAUUCUUGACAUAAAUUGCAAGUAGAUAUUAUGAUUAUAUUGCAAUUUAACUAACAACAUCUACAGCCGACUAGAACAUUUUUUAAUAAAACAAAUGGAGAGCCCUCUUACUAGUUCCGAUGGGAUCUCGGAGUUGUUAGAUAUAAAAUUGUUUUUUUACUUUUGAGAAG